AUGGCAACAGGCGAACAAAACCUUUCCACCCUCCUCGCAAAAAUGGAACCCACCCUAGAUCCCAAAACCUACGUCUUCAUCACCACAACCGAGGCUUUACACUCUCUCCCUCUAGCCACGUUGCAACCAACCCUAAUCGUCCAAGAAACCGAGGGCACGACCAUUGUGGCGACAGAGGAUCUUGCCGCAUCGCACGGUCUCGCGGGCGUAUUUCCUUGCAAGAGGAUCUCGCUGACGGUGCAUUCGAGUCUGGAGGCUGUGGGGUUGAUUGCGGCUAUUACGGAUCGGCUUAAGGAUGAGAAGAUUAGUACGAAUGUGGUUAGUGGGUAUUAUCAUGAUCAUGUUUAUGUGCCCGCGGAGAGGGCGGAGGAUGCGAUGCGUGUUUUGGGGGAGUUGAUCGAUGAGGCGAGGAAGUAG